AUGAGCCACUACGUAAAGACACCGCUACUAAAACAGGAUUUCAGCGAAUCAGACGUCAGAGGGCCGCAAUUUUACUUGAAGUGCGAAUUUUUGCAGCCAUCCGGAAGCUUCAAGUCCAGAGGAAUAGGAUAUCUUAUACUUAACGAGGUAGAAAAGGCGAAGGCAAGCGGAUCGACACUCCAUGUUUUCAUCUCUUCCGGCGGGAAUGCAGGGCUCGCUGCCGCAGUGGCAAGCAAGGCUGUGGACACUAACUGUACCGUCGUCGUACCUAGCACAACCAAACCGCACAUGAUUACCAAGAUCAAAAAAGCAGGAGCAACUGUCGUUAUACAUGGGGAUCAUUGGCAAGAUGCAGACAGCUAUCUUAGGGAGACUGUUAUGAAAAAUUUACCAGCACAUGUAGAACCUCUUUACGUUCACCCUUUUGAUGACAGUCGGAUUUGGCAAGGCCAUUCUACCAUAAUUGAUGAGGUUCUUGAACAAUUGUCGCAGGAGGAUCAAUCACCGCUUAAAGUAAAGGGCGUGAUUAGCAGCGUAGGGGGUGGCGGUCUCUACAACGGCAUUGUUCGCGGGUUAGAGCGCCAUGGCCUUGCCGACAAAAUACCGCUGAUUGGAGUUGAGACGAUUGGGGCGGACGCCAUGACUAAAUCCCUGGAAGCAGGGAAGUCUGUGCGAUUGAGUGAUAUUCGCAGCAUCGCUACGACUUUGGGUGCCUCCUACAUAGCCCAAGAUUCCCUGGAUAAAGCGGCUAGAUACAAAACAAAAUGCUUCGCUCAAAAGGAUGCAGAAGCUGUAAAAGCAUGCUUCAAGUUCCUGAAUGACAGGAAUGUUUUAGUUGAGCCUGCCUGCGCGGCAUCGCUGUCUCUUUGUUACGACAUUGAUACUCUUAAACAGAUAUUGCAAUGUGAUCUGACGAAAGACGAUAUCUUCAUCGUCAUUGUCUGUGGCGGCUCCUCCAUGACCAUUUCAGAUUUACAGAGAGUGGCUGACGAACUACAGAUACGCUGA